CGGGUUCGUAAGGAUCUCUUCAAGUCCAUACAUUCCGAAACUGUGAUAAGACUAACUGGCUCUGUGAGGUCGAAACACUCUUUCAAGUUGUGCAAUCUGUUGUCUUUCUCAAUAUUGCGCGCUCUUUAAAAAUUGGCAUCCUCCUUUUUAAUUUCUGAAAUUUAUUCCUACUUCCAAAAAAUCCAAAUUCAGUCGAUAUCUGAAUUCUAGUCGCAACUUCCUCGUUUAAAGUUCGAAUUUUCUUCAAAAUUGCCUAAUAAUUCUUUUUGGAUUACAAAAAUUGAAAAAAUUGGGUUCAGUUCCCUCUUAAAAGUGACUCAGUAUAAAUCUGGAAAGUAUUUUUUACAAAUAGUGAAAAAGUGAUUAUAUAAAGGGAGAAAUAGAAGAGGUAUUUUGUGUAUAAAGCGAGUCUAAAUUUGAAUUUAUCGAAUAAUUUUGCUGCUUUCUAUCUACCAAUCAUUAUAAGCCAGACAGCGCGGCGCCGCUUAAUGAAGACUGUAGUCGCUGUGUGUUUUAAUUUUAUUGGCGAAUUACUUUGAAUAGAAGUAAUUUUACAGUAUCCACGCUCAUAAUUUUAAUUUUUCGCUUCUCAUGGCUAGUUCUCCGAUUAAUAAGUCUCUGUUGGCAAACGGAGCCGCGAAUGAAAACAACAACUUGCUACUGAAAAACAUCAGCCGACCGACAAUCCACGACUUUGCAGCACUCCAAGCAGCACUAUCGGCUUCAACAAGUAACGCAGCAAACUUGGUCAAAAUUCCAACUCGGACCAACCACGCAGUGAACGGAAACUCGGCCUACAAAAGCGACAUUGCACCCGUGUCAAUUCCACCGCCUAUUGCCACUUCCCAACUUCAAAUGACGAAGCACUCUCCUCUGCCUCUGUCGCCGAUUGCUCCCACCAUCACCCCUCUUCCAUUUCCCCCCGGUUCGCACAACCCGGCACACAUAAAUCACGUGGCUAACAUGGCAGCAGCUGCUGCGGCCAGAUCAGCUCUGGGUCAACUCCUCAAGUCGCAUCAGCUGAUGGGAGGAGCGGGAUUCCAUGGGGGGUCUCAGAUUGGACUGGGCGGACCGAGGCCGGGAUCUGGAGGCGAUGGGAUGGGUUCCAUUCCUUCCAGUGGAGUUUCGCCUGGCUCUGGGUGUCAGCUUCAGCUGAGAGGAAACGGGCCUUGCUUCUGCAGCUCCUGUUCAUUGCAAAAGGUGUCUAUGUCGUCUCUUUCACUCCCCCACUCAUCUGGAAGUCUACCAGGAGCACCCCCACCUACCUUCUCAACCCCCACCACCUUCCCCUCUCUAGGACAGAUGGUGGCACCAGGCAUGCUCCCCCUGCCCCUUCUACCCAACCCAGGAAUGCUCCCUCUUGUGGGAGGCGGCGCCGGACUCCUACCCCCGAUGAUGUCAGCAGGACUGUACGGACCAGCCGGGCCUCACUCGCCAUUCUUCGACGGAGGUCUACAUCCGUCUGCGGCCGACUGGGUUGCUCUUGGUCGUCGGAAAAAUGCGACUCGUGAAACGACAGCAGCUCUCAAGUCGUGGCUUCAGGAUCACCUCAAGAACCCUUACCCUACAAAGGGCGAAAAAGUGAUGCUGGCAAUCAUAACCAAAAUGAGCCUCACUCAAGUUUCCACCUGGUUCGCAAAUGCCAGAAGACGUCUGAAAAAGGAAGGGAAAAUGACGUGGACUCCUCGGAACUCGUACGACGACGACGAAGAUGAUGAAAUGGAUGAUGACGAUGACGUCACUGCUCUUGACGACGAUAGCAGGUCAGUGAUAUCAAAGGCGUCUAGGCCAGACGAGAGUUCAACGACAAUUCCGAAGCCACACGAAGUGCUCCGCGUCCAUGUGAACGAAGAUGACGAGGGAUACAAUGAUGAUCUUUUCACACCUAAAGAUUCGUCCACGUGCAAUGCGACACCCAAGCUCCCCCUCUCAACUACCCUGCACGGCAACUCCUCCCCAGGACACCCAUAUCCUGGCACCCUGGUUAAGUGCAAGUUGCCCCUGUCGCCCUUCACAAACCCUAUCGGCACCAACAAACCCACCCUCCUCCCAAACUCAACCCUCGACAAUAUCAACCUCUCCUCUCAUUCCUCACAGUCUGCUUUCGCAACCCACGCGAAUCAAAUCUCAGGACAAAACAACGUCACAACUAUAUUUUCGAACCAUUCGCAACUAUCGACUCCUGUUGAAAAGCCGAGACGCAAAACGACUUCAAAUGGGUCUAAAUUUUGGUCAAUCGUUGAUACAGUGUCAAAGAAUGAACCCGAAACACAGCCGGCUGAGAAAAGUACGAACAGCCCGCUACAUUUAAGCCCGACUUGCGAUGACCCGAGUCCCGAACCGCUGACUAUUUCUGAGACCAACGGUGCCGAACCAAUUGCAGUAUCCGAAUAAAACCUGAAAUUUAAAAAUGAAAGCUGAGCUUUCUGCAGACAGACUGUCGGGAUAAAUCCCCCAACCUUUUCUGAACUAUUUCUCAAUAAAUUUGAUAAACUUUUAUAAAUUGAGCGUGGAAAGCACUAUUUCUUCUAUUAGCUCAAGCCUUUAGUUGUCUUCCUAUCUUUUCUGGAUUUUCUUUCAUAAUUUUUUUUUCAAAAUGGUGAUUUAUUAGUUUUAUUUUACGUUAAUAAUAGUACACAUUUUUAUAACUAGCACCAAAAUUAAAAUUACAAAAAGCACCAAUUUUCUCUGGAGUAAAAAAGCAGAUAUAAUCCUUGGUUGCGCAAUUGGUUGUUAUUGAACUAAGUGUUAUAAUGAUUAUAACAAUUUUUGUUAUAAUAAUUAUAAUUUAUUCUACUGAGACAUGGUUAGUUAGUCUGUUAUUUCGUCUUAACUUCCACUGUUUUGUCUGCACUGAUGUUUGAAGUGUCGUCAAAUGUCUGAUAGUCGUCCAAGUCGUCUCCUUUGGCCGCCCCGUUUUCGUCGUCGUCUGCCCAGAACUCGGAGUCUUGAGACUGUUUGUCGUUUUUGGA